AUGCUUGAAUCUUUGCUUAUGUCAAACGGCCAUGUUUGCAACUGCAAGUUGGUGUCCUCCAUCCUUUCCACCCUCUCUCUUCCUCAUUACUCCGUCCUGGCCCCUGACCCUGACCCUGACCCUGACCCCUCUCCAUCCUCCCCCUCUCCUCCUCCCUCUCAGCACUCUGACGCUCUGUGUGGCAGCUGCCCGUCCUCUGGUUCUGCCCCACAGGCUAACAGCCUUUGGCCGAGCCUGCCGCAGUCUGGAGCCGGGUUCCCUGCAUGGCCAGGACAGCUAGGACAGCCCACCCAGCCUGCACCGUGCUGGACUGGCCAGCCAAACACACCCUGCUGGCCUGGGACUCAGCCAGCUUCAGUCUCUGUCCCUGCACCGAUCUCAUUUCCAGCCCCGGCUCAAGCUGGAACACCAGCCACUGCAUCUACCACAACUAUAUUCCCAGCUCCAGCUCAGGCUCAAGUUCCAGGUCAGGCUCCAGGGCAGCCCUGCCAGCCUUGCUGGCAAGGCACCCAGUACCAGCCUCCUCAGUACCAGCCUCCUCAGUACCAGCCUCCCCAAUACCAGCAACCCCAGUACCAGACUCCCCAACCACCAGCUCCAAUUCAAACUCAAGUUCCUGCUCAAGUCCCUGUUCAAGUUCCAGCUCCAACUUUAACUCCAGCCCCAGUCCCUGCACCUGCUCCUGCUCCUGCUGCCAGCAUCCACCCAAGUGUACCAGGGUGGCCUGCCCACCCUGGUUGGCCUUAUAACCCAGGACAGUCAGGAUGGCCUGGACAGCAUCCAUCUAUCAUGCCUCCACACUGGCUUCCACCCACAUCUGGACCUCUCAGCGUGCCAUACAACUUGAACCUGGCCCGAGGGGUCUAUGACAAGAUGAUGAUGACCAUCCUGGGCCAUGUCAAACCUAAUGCUAAGAUGUUCACAGUGAACUUCCUGAGAGGCAAUGACAUCGCCCUCCACAUCAACCCCCGCUUCAGUGAGGGGGGCAAACAGUCGUUGGUGCGUAACCACAAACUGGGCGAGCGCUGGGGCCAAGAAGAGAGGGACCUGAAGGGACCCUUCCCCUUCGCUCAAGGGAGCCCAUUUGAGAUGAAGAUCCUGUGCACCCACGAGGCGUUCAGGGUGGCGGUGAACAACAUCCCGCUGUUCGAGUUCCGACACCGAAUCAGAGAGCUCAACCAGAUCGACAGAAUCAACAUCCUGCAUGAUGUCGUCCUCACCUGCGUCAAUGUGGAGACACUGCCAUAGGAAGCACGCUAACACUCACACAAUACAUAAAUAAACACAUUAAGGACACAGACAUGUAUCAGUGUGUUGUAAAUGCAUGAGCAGAAAUGUAAACAAAUAGAAACAUGCACAUAAACACACCAUCUAUAGGCUACAUUUUACAGGAACUAAAAUUGUAGAAUUUAUUAUGCUUAAAGAUCAAACAUAUAAGUGUUCAUUUGUGAUGUAAUAUUAAUUAUAACGAGCUGAGCUCAUUCUAUUAUAUUCUUCUACCACAUAGGUAACAAUUUAAAGGUCCAGUGUGUAGGAUUCAGUGGCAUCUAGUGGCUGAGGGUGCAGACUGCAACCCCCCUAAAUCCUGCACACUGGACCUUUAAUACGCACACAGCUUUCUUUUCCUAUAUCUAGAUGCUACUGUUACUGUAUUUAUUGUGUACAAUAUUUUCUAUAUUACUCAACUGCUACUAACUGAGAAUUAAACACGUGCUAAUAUUGGCAAAAAAACAACAAGG